AUGGAAAGCUCAUCUGUAGGGAAUGCCCUUUACUUUGGACUUCUGGUCCUCCUUCUCCAGUUGGAUCCUGCUAUAAGCAGCGAUGCUUCCGAAAGGCAGACAGGAGAAGAUUGUCUAGUAGAUAAGUUCACAUGCAAUGAUACGGUCUGCAUACCAAUAUCAUGGAGAUGUGAUGGACUAGUAGACUGUGACGACGAGCUGGAUGAAGCCAGCUGCUAUUCUGAUGAACCUGAUUCCAUCGUCUUCGUAACCGACUUAGACGAAGGUGCGAUAUUCAUGGCAACAACGACUAACCUCACCUUCACCCAGCUGCCCUUGACUGGUCUUCAAACUCCCGUUGCCGUUGAUUAUGACCCAGUGAACGGCAUCGUCUACUGGACAGAUAGUUAUAACCGUUCAAUAAGCUCGGCACACAUUGAUGGGACUAACCAGAAAACAGUUAUAGAUGGGCUCGGAACACCCGAUGGGAUGUACUUUGAUGUUCAAACCAAGACCAUAUAUUGGACUGAUGCACUUCACAACACGAUAGAAGCAGUGAACCCCAAUGGCACAGGCAGACAUAACAUUCUUUCAGGCCUGGAUAAACCGAGAGCGAUAAUCAUUGUAUCAACCAACAGAAUGAUUUAUUGGACGGAAUGGGGAGAUUCUCCAAAAAUAGAAUUGUGCGACCUCAACGGCAAGAAUCGGCAGGUUCUUAUCGACACAGGUCUGGGCUGGCCUAACGGUAUCACAUAUGAUAGAGGAGGUGAGUUUGAAAUGCUGUCCACAUUAUUUCACCCAAUGGGACCAAACCUAUGGUUGGAACUAGUCUAA